CACAAUUCCUUUUAUUUAAUCUCAUGAAACCACGAAAGCUGUACUUGUAGCUGAUAAAUACUGCUGAGCUUCAGCCUGUGUGCAUGCGAGUGUGCAGCCCUCUGUCCUGUAGCUUUAACAGAAAGGCAUUAUUGAAAAUGCACAGUAAGAGGCAGACUUCAGUAAAAUACUAUGUUGGAAUUGAUGUUGGAUCAGCAAGUGUUCGUGCAGCUUUGGUAGACGAGUUUGGGACAGUAGCAAAGCAUGCGGAGCAACCAAUCCAGAUCUGGGAACCUCAACCAGACCACUACGAACAAUCCUCUGCUGACAUAUGGGCUGCUUGCUGCGCAGUCACCAAGAAAGUUGUCUGUGGUGUUGAUGCCAGCCAGAUUCGAGGGGUUGGUUUUGAUGCUACAUGUUCCCUUGUUGUUGUGGAUAAACAGUUCCAACCUUUGGCGGUCAACUCAGAAGGACAAAACAAUAGGAAUGUUAUUAUGUGGAUGGACCAUCGUGCAGUCAGCCAAGUAGAUCGCAUCAAUGCAACGCAACACAGGGUUUUGAGAUAUGUCGGGGGAGUGAUGUCUGUGGAAAUGCAGCCACCUAAGUUGUUAUGGAUAAAGGAAAACUUGCAGGAGUCUUGCUGGGAGAAGGCAGGCUACUUCUUUGAUCUUCCGGAUUUCUUAUCUUGGAAAGCCACAGGUGUCUCUGCAAGAUCCUUAUGUACGCUAGUGUGCAAGUGGACGUACACUUCAGAUGGAGGUUGGGAUGACAGUUUCUGGAAGAUGAUUGGUUUGGAAGAUUUGGUGAAGGAUAAAUAUGAAAGAAUAGGAAACCACGUCUUGUCUCCUGGAGAGUCUGUUGGAAAAGGUCUAACGCCAGAAGCUGCAAAAGAACUCGGUCUCCCCGAAGGGAUUGCAGUAGCAGCAUCUCUCAUUGAUGCACAUGCUGGAGGACUAGGAGUAAUUGGAGCAGAUGUGAAAGGACAUAACCUGCCAUGUGAAAACCAGCCAAUUACAUCACGGGUUGCUCUGAUCUGUGGAACAUCUUCGUGCCACAUGGGGAAUACUGUCUUUGGAGAAGGAAUGCACGUCUCCAGUCACAGCCCUUUUCCGCCACCACUUCGCUUAAUCAAUAUAAAUCGUUCUACCUCUGUCAGUGAAACACCCAUUUUUGUUCCUGGUGUUUGGGGACCUUAUUUCUCUGCCAUGGUGCCUGGAUUGUGGCUGAAUGAAGGAGGUCAAAGUGCUACAGGAAAACUGAUAGAGCAUGUGGUCCAAGGCCAUGUUGCCUUCCCGGAAUUAAAGUCAAAAGCUGCAGCCAGUGCUCAAAGUAUAUAUACAUACUUGAACAGUCACCUGGAUCUGAUUAAGAAAUCCUUGCCUGUGGGUUUCCUCACUGUUGAUUUACAUGUUUGGCCAGAUUUCCAUGGAAACAGAUCUCCCUUAACAGAUCUGACACUAAAGGGCAUGGUUGUCGGACUGACACUGUCUCGGGGUCUGGAUGAACUUGCCCUUAUCUACUUGGCCACGAUUCAAGCAAUUGCUUUAGGAACAAGACAUAUUUUGGAAGCUAUGGCGGCUGCAGGCCAUCAUGUCAACACCCUGUUCCUUUGUGGUGGGCUGAGCAAGAACCCUCUCUUUGUGCAGAUGCACGCUGACAUUACUGGCAAACCUGUUGUCCUGUCCAAAGAAGUGGAGUCUGUUCUGGUGGGCGCUGCUAUUCUUGGAGCUUGUGCUUCUGGGGAUUUUGCAUCUAUACAGCUUUUCCCUUUCAGAGGCUUUGUAAUACCUGGAUUAUUGUUCCUGUGAACUGGAGCGCAGCCUGCCCGGGUCAGCGUCGCCGCUGAAGAUAGUGCUGUGUAAAGUCGUAUGACAUAAGGAUUUUUGAAAUAUAUACUAUAUUGUAGUUUGGGGGAUUUUUGAAACACGUGCUGCAUUAAAUGAAAUAACCUUACUGUUUCUGGUUUCGAUGGGUCAAUUUAGUGGUUCUUGCCAUUCCUUCCAUGUGGAGCAGCAGGAUCCUGGUUUUUUUCUAUGUGAUUGUUUCUGUAGUAAAAAUAUAGUUUCCGGUUUAGCAAGCCAGCAAUUCCUUCUCAGUAAAAAUGUUCAAUAAAUAAAUGUCAAAGUUUCCACUAUAUCCUCAUUAAUCUGCUUCACUUGUAUGUAAUUGAAAAUGGGAAGAAGGUGCUGUUUGAUUUGGCAAUCAUCCAGCUCUUUUUAUUUUUAUUUUUUGGAUAACUGACUCCUUGGGACAAAGCUGUACACCAGGGAACAGGAUUAUUGCCCUAUAAAAUUCUGCACUCCACUGACUAUUCCUUAAUUGCAUAUUAGAGCAAUUAAUAAAAUUACUGGUAUGAAACUAAA